AUGCUCCGAGUGUUUGACCUUCCUGAUUAUGUAGACCCAGAUGCGGAACGAAGACGCAAACAAUGGGAGGGGAUGUCGCUUAACUUUUGGGCUAGGCGCUUCGAUACGCGUUGUUUGGAGGAUGUGGGACGCCACGUAAUUGGUUCCGCGGAGGAUCAAGCUAGAACGAUCUCUGCAGAUAAGAGGAUCGUGUUCACCUACACCGGCUCCAGUCCCGAUCCCGAGACUGCAUGGACGGAAACCGCAUUAUCAAUGGUCUGCAAGAUAUAUGUCGAAGACAGUCGAACGCAGCUAAAGAACGAGGGUAUUAUUCGCGGACAACCAAGAGACCAGUUCCUUAGUCUUGUCAUCUUCUGUGGCCACGAGUUCCCAAAUGACGCAGAGAUCGAGUUGACGAUGGUUCAAUCCCUCGUUGGCCAGAUCUUGAGGCUAUGUGGGUUCGACUUUUUUGACAAUGACGCGCAGUGCACUUUCAAAUUCUCGGAUGAGUCCUGGCUUGACCAUUAUUGGGACGUUUUCAAGCGCCUGGUACGACAAUUACCAAGACAGAUGACCGUCAUCUGUUAUAUCGACAACCCCGCCGAACUACCAGCCGAAAUCUUCGACUCUUUCAUUCUAGGAAAGCUGGUGGCUCUAUACAAAGAACAAACGGAAUUGGCGAAGGAGGAAGAAAAGGCGCAAUUCCUAAUUAUCGCCACGGACCCGUCUGAAUUUGGGGAUUUUCGCAUUUCUGAAGCGGUAGAGAAGGUGGGGUUGAAGGUGCAAUCAUUCUUAUAUUACAUGGAGAGCACAGAGACCGGGGAAUCACUUCGUCACUCACAAGUUAUUGGAUCCAAAUGA